AUAAUACACAAACAAACACACUUACUUACACAUAUGUCUGUAUCUAUAUAUGUAAUAAGCAUAAACAUAUAAGGAGCAAUACAAGGUAGCAAAAUCCACAAACCUCAAACUCCAAAUCACCAUACAAUACAAAUUCUCUCUUCAUGUAAAACCAAACCGAACCGAACCGAUCGAAAAUGGGGAGAGGUAGAGUCGAACUAAAGCGAAUCGAAAACAAAAUCAACCGACAAGUAACCUUCGCUAAACGAAGAAACGGACUGCUGAAAAAAGCGUACGAGUUAUCCGUGUUGUGUGAUGCUGAAGUUGCGUUGAUCAUCUUCUCUAAUAGAGGAAAAUUGUAUGAAUUUUGCAGCAGCUCAAGCAGCAUGCUAAAGACUCUUGAGAGGUAUAAAAAAUGCAACUAUGGAGCGCCUGAGAUCAAUGUAUCUGCUAGGGAGGCACUGGAGUUAAGUAGUCAGCAGGAGUAUUUAAAACUUAAAGCACGUUAUGAGGAGCUACAACGAUCCCAAAGAAAUCUUCUUGGGGAAGAUCUUGGGCCUUUGAGCUGCAAGGAACUGGAGUCACUAGAAAGGCAACUCGAUACAUCUCUAAAGCAGAUCAGAUCAGCACGGACCCAGUCCAUGUUGGAUACACUUACAGAUCUUCAGAAAAAGGAGUAUGCACUAAAUGAAGCAAAUAGAACCUUGAAACAAAGGUAUUUGCAGUUGAUGGAAGGACAUCAAGUAAGCACACUCCAUUGGCAUCCACAUGCUCAACUCGAAAUCGGAUAUGACCGACAACAUGAACCUCAACAUCAAACUGGUGAAGCCUUCUUUCACCCACUCGACUGCGGGCCCACUUUACAAAUGGGGUACCAAACGGAUCCAUUGACGGCAGCAGCGAAUGAAGCAGGGCCCAGUUCCAAUAAUAAUUACAUGUCCAUAUGGUAUCAGUGAUCAUAAUAAUAAUAAUUUAGCAAUAUAUUACUUUGUGAGAUUGAAGAUCUUGUUUUACUCAUAAACAGCCAAUGUGUGCUUAACCAUUAUUGCAACUCUUACUUUUGAACAUAUAUAGGAUUUAUAUAUUAUAAUUAA